GUAGUAUAUGUAACAGCGGGAAGGACGUCCUAUUAUGGCGGGCUAGAUAAGAAGCUAGCUUUUAGCCUCUUGUAUGAUUAGUCUGUAGAAGUAAGUGUAGAAACAAUUUUAUAUGAAAUCAACCACUUAAGUGACAUAAUACACCUAAAAGCACCCCAGAUGGAGGUGGACACUGGCUCUAUAGCCAAAUGUGCACCGGAAUUGUAUAACGUCUCUUCCACAUUAGUUAACGUCAAGGAAGUCACAGAUAACAAAGCAUUCAAUGAUUUUAAACCAUCAAAGCCAAGUCCCGAAAUAGUUAGCCCAGUUACUGAAGCAGUAAUCACCGGAUCAGACCCCAAGGCCCCCCAAAACUGUGAUGAUACGUCUGCAGGACCUUCAGUUGCCCCUGCCGUUGUAAAUAGCAAUGUUGGAAAGUAUCGUCUCUUACGUACCAUAGGAAAAGGAAAUUUCGCAAAAGUCAAGCUUGCUAUACAUAUGGCCACUGGCGUGGAAGUUGCCAUAAAAAUAAUUAAUAAGACCGUCAUGGAUAAUACUCUCCUCAAACGCCUUAAACGUGAGAUAACCAUCAUGAAAGGUACAAAUCACCCAAACAUUGUCAAACUACUCGAGAUAAUUGAAAAUGAAGAUGUUCUCUGUCUUGUUAUGGAAUAUGCUAGUGGAGGUGAAAUAUUUGACUAUCUUGUCGCGAAUGGGAAGAUGUGUGAAAAGAAGGCACGUGUAAAGUUCAGACAACUGCUAUCUGCCAUGCAGUAUUGUCAUGCAAAACGGAUUGUCCAUCGAGACUUGAAGGCAGAAAACAUCUUGCUUGACCAGAAUUUAAACGUUAAGGUUGCUGACUUCGGCUUGGCCAACACCUUCGAAUCUGAUCAAAGGUUGACUACUUUUUGUGGCAGUCCUCCAUAUGCCGCUCCAGAACUGUUUUUGGGAAUUCCGUAUUAUGGGCCUAGUGUAGAUAUUUGGUCUCUUGGUGUGAUUCUGUUUACUCUGGUUUUGGGACAUCUCCCGUUUGAUGCACGUGAUCUUCGUGAACUUCGGAGCAAAAUAUUGGGAUUGCACUACACUAUACCUCGUGGUGCCGUUUCUUCAGAGUGCGACACACUGUUAAGGAAAAUGCUAGUUCUCGAUCCUAAAGAUCGUUCGUCUUUAAAGUCUUUGAUGCUUGACAAGUGGGUAAAUAUGGGCUACGCUCCAGAUGAUCAUCUUCGUCCUUAUAGAGAACCACUAAAAUCUCAACUGGAUGACAGUCGUGUGAAAGCCAUGGAAGAAAUGGGGUUUACAAGAGCUGAUCUGGAGUCGUCGGUAGUUAAUCCUGCAUUCGACCAUGUGUAUGCAACUUACCACUUAUUGCCCGAAACACCAUCUCAAUUGGUUGAGCUUUGUAAAGACUUGGCUCCUGGAGCAGUUGUUUCACCAAAUACAAUCGUAUUACCUAACUCUCUGCUUGCUCACGAUCAGGAUACUAAAUCGACUCAUAGUUGUUCUUCCGGUUCAUCAGAAUUGCCUGUCUCUACGAAGUCGACUGCUAUUGGACGUUUCACAGUGGCUCCAAGUAAUAAAGUCAAUGAACCUACUAGUCAUUCUUCCUCUGGACGUUAUGCUCGGGGUAGUUUGACAUCUGAAUCUAACCAAGCUUCAGCACACCAUAAGAAUGUAUAUAAUUUUGAAUCUGCGAAUCGAGAACAUCAUUCACUUACAUCCGCACUGCCAGGUACUUUGAAACGAGCAUUAAUGCAAGUUAGUCGAAAUUUCACUGGAGGAGGAACUCCUACGACAAGUAAUGAAGAAAGUAGUAAUCGUGGUACAGCACAAAUAGUUACAGGACGUCAUAAUAAAUCCGUGCCAAAAUCUUCUGGAGGUGGAAGAGAUGUUAUCACUGCAGCACCUGUUCCGAUUGGAGCUGUCAAAAAACAUGGUUUUGGUUUGUCUCAACAACAGCAACAGACACAAAAACGUCAGCCUUCAAAUCAACAGACUACUCCUCAGAAUGCUCCUUCUGUAAGAUCCAAAAGCCCAGCUGUUCGUAAUCAUUCUUUAUCAUCUAAUACCUCUUCUGUGUCAUCAGAAAGUCAUGGAGCAGGUUAUGCAUCAGGAACGCAAAAAAUGAAUAAAGAAUCCUCAGCUACAAUGAAAGCUAGUUCAGACAUGAACUAUCGUGGUUCUUUAAACAACACUGGUCGCGAUAGCGAUAAAAGCUCCUUACAAGGAACAAAGAAACGAAAUAUGAUAGAUGCAAACGGAGCUAAAAAUUUUGGUUCAAGCUGUACUCCAUCUAAUUCUUGUGCCGAAAACGAACUUCGAGAAAGAGCUACGACAAUUGUUCAGGGCGUUUGCGAAUCAGUUAAUGCUUCCUCUUUGCAUCAUCAACACUCUGCUCCUCAGUCGAUCUUGGAAGCAAAACAGGAAUUUAAAGAGAAUGAUGAUCGUUCUUGUUUAGUAGUACCGGGGAAUAAUAAUGGACUUACUCGCAAUGAAAAGUCAGAACUCAGUCGUAGUUUAACAACUAUUGAUCAGGCAAACCAAAUGACCAACAAUUCGGAUAAAACCGCAAAUGUUCCAUCCCUUAAUCCACAAAUUAAAGUAUUGCAUACAGUCCAAGGCACAGAAGCUCUCGCUUUACGUCUAGAAGCUCUGCGUUUACAGUCUGUGAACUCAACGGCUAAACCAUCUUCAAAUCCUGAGGCAGCUGCAAAUAUAGUUGUGGAUUCCAGUCAUCAAGGUUCAUGGGGCCGUGGUGUUCUAAAGGCAUUAGGUGGAUUCUUUGUACAAAGGUAUGUUAGUUUUUUGUUAAUUAAAAUUGUAUGUGUUCGUUGAGUUCUUAUUUUCUCGUGUCUGUUCUUUUGUUAAAGAAGGAAUGAAUUUUGCUCUAAUAUAAAGCAAACAUUUAUUCCCUUGUGUCUAGGUGAUGGCUUCUUUGCAUAUACUGCUAUUCAUUGAAUACAUAGAUGUAUUUAAUUAAUAGAAGCUGUUACACUUACAAUACAUGACAAGUCUUCAAGCAGGUAUCCGUUUGAUAUUGAGACCCUAUCGUAUGAUUAAUGCCUCUUUUAUAAAAACCUGUGCCUAUACUGCACUGUUAUCAUUUCAGCCGAAUAACUGAAUGCUAAUUCACCUGUAGCACUUCUAGAGUUACUGCCGGUCCCAAGCCCGGGUAAAGGAGGAGGGUUGGGCAUGGGGUUAGCGACCCCAUCCCGUAGAAAAGCUAACUCGCUAAAAAAACGCUAACCAGAAAAAAUAAUUCAAACCAUUUAAACUCUGCCCUGGGAGUUGAAGGAAUAAUUAUGACGUCUCAUGAUGAAAGCCGAAAUUCUUCGGAAGUCACGAGACCAAUGCACCUUCUAACAACCAGAGCAACACUCUUUAUAGGUACAUGGAACGUCCGGACAAUGUGGGAGACAGGAAAGACCAGCCAAAUAGCAAUGGAAAUGAGGAGAUACAACUUGGCAGUACUCGGAAUCAGCGAAACCCAUUGGACACAAACUGGACAACAAAGGCUAGGUACAGGAGAGAUGCUGCUGUACUCCGGUCACGAAGGGGAUAAUGCUCCACACACUCAGGGAGUUGCUCUAAUGCUGUCCAAAGAAGCACGAAAUGCACUUGUGGGAUGGGAAUCUCAUGGACCCAGGAUAAUCAAAGCAUCAUUCAGAACAAAGAAGCAAGGGAUCACAAUGAACGUUAUCCAAUGUUAUGCACCCACCAAUGAUAGCAACAACGAUGAUAAAGAUCAGUUCUAUGAAAGGCUGCAAUCAAUUAUGGAGAAGUGCUCACGAAAGGACCUCACCAUCCUGAUGGGAGAUCUAAAUGCUAAAGUUGGAGUGGACAACACAGGAUAUGAAGAUGUAAUUGGAAGACAUGGACUAGGAGAGAGAAAUGAAAAUGGUGAGAGACUUGCAAACCUAUGUGCAUUCAACAAAUUGGUUAUAGGCGGCACAAUAUUCCCACACAAGCGCAUACACAAAGCUACAUGGAUCUCACCGGACCAAACCACAGAGAACCAGAUAGAUCACAUCUGUAUCAAUAAAAAUUUCCGAAGGUCAAUGGAAAAUGUGAGAACCCGGAGAGGAGCUGACAUAACUUCAGAUCACCACCUGGUUGUGGUCAAGAUGAGACUGAAGCUUAAGAAAGACUGGACAAACAGCACUACAAAGGUUCAAUACAGCCUUCCUUCGAGAUACUGACAAGCUCCACGAAUUCAAGAUAACUCAACAACAGGUUCCAAGCUCUACAGGAUCUACUGAAAGAACAAGAAACUACUUUGGAGGACAACUGGAAAGGGAUAAAAGAAGCAUUAACUUCAACGUGUCAGGAGGUUCUUGGUCCUAAGAAGCAUCAUCACAAGGAAUGGAUCUCUAUGGGAACCCUGGACAAAAUUC